AUGAUAAAGGUGGUUUAUAUCUUAUUGUCUAUUUUAAAAUUUUUCACCUUAAAUGAUGAUUCAAUUGUUAUCACCAUACGUAAGAGGUAUGGUCGUGGGGUUUUACAGACAUUUCGACAGUUGGAAAAGUUAAAAAUAAAACAAGUUCGUGUGGAACAAGGUAUUGAAUUUAUUCGUAUAUGUCUACUGUAUGAUGCGUCACCUAAAUUUGUCAGGUUCAAAGCGUAUAACAAACAAUUUCAUGAUUCAAAUAAAUACCGUGAGUUAAGUCGUUCUAUUCUGUAUGAUUCUUAUCAAGUGAAGAAAAAGGAAUUUGAAACGAUUAAACGCUUAGUUGCUUCAAAAGAUAAUGAAUUAAAAGUGAUUAUUGGCUCAGUAACUUAUGUCAAAAUAUCAUCACAUAUAAGCUAUAUUGUUGAAAGAGAGAAGAAGUUGUUGAGGAUGCAUCAUAAGAACAAGCUAGUGGAUCUUACAAUACCUGUAGAUAAAAGCGAGUUCAAACAGAAAUUGGUGUAUAACUAUUCACAUCGUGCUCUUACAAAAGGCGAAGAAAGUUUAUUGUCACAUGGUUGGAAAUAUGCAAUUAAUACGAAACCUUUAAGCCCAUUGAAUGUUAAAGCUGAUAUUGAGUAUAUGUAUCACUGUAUGGAAAGAAACUCAUUGAUUAAUAAGUCUAAUAUAUCAAAAGUCAAAAGUAUAUUACAUGAAUUUGGUAAUAACAUUAUAAAGAAACAAAGAUCUAAUAUUCCGAAUUUAUCUAAUGAAGAAAUUCAAGCGAUUAAAACACUUUUGAAUGAUAAAUCGCUUGUUAUUUCAAAAGUUGAUAAAGGUAAUGCUGUAGUGGUUCUGAAUAAAGAAGAUUAUCUAGAAAAAGGACAUUCUUUACUUGCUGAUCAGCGUUUAUUCAGAGUGUUAGAUGAUAACCCUACGGAAGAACGCGAGAAGCAAUUUAUUGCAUUUUUGCUGAAAUUAAAAAACAAAAAAAAUGAUCACAAAAGAUGA